AACACACGCGCACACACACACACACACACAGCAGUGAGGUACGAAGUUAGCUCUCAGGCUAACCACGGCGCUUCUAUUUUUUCUGGCUCCGUGAAGAGGGAAAGAAAAGAAAAGAAAAGAAAAAGAAAAGACACAUCUUUACCUCAGAGACGGUUGAUUUCUUUCUGAUGCCACACAGGUGUAGGAAGACCUUUUUUUUUAUCGCAAAGUUUAUUUUUUGUUUUUUUUUUAUAUCUCUUUCUCCUCACAGAAACCCCGCGAACGGAUGUGAAGUGAAAUGGAUGUGAGAUUUUAUCCUCCUCCUCCUCCAUCAGCAACAGAUCCAUCCAGACUGGGACCAUCACUUUACUCAGACUCCUCAUACUGCAAUAAGUACGACAGUGAAAGCAUGUUCAUGCCAGUGCCUGAGCCGAGCCAGGACUUUGUGCCAGUGAACCAGUUCCCAAGCCCCAAACAGACUGCAGCUCAGUGGAAAAGAGAAACUCCUCCUCAUCCAGACACUCAUCGCCUGCCACACUGGCAGACCUACCCAGUUCCUGGUCUCAGUGACGAGGACUUCAACAUCCCCCCCAUCACCCCUCCCUCUCUCACUCACCUGGGUGACGGUGAUUCUGGCUCAUACCACCCCCUCUGCCCUCCUGCCCCUCACACGCUGCACCCCUUUAACAUGCAGGGAAUGGACCUGCCCAACAUGGCCACGCCCGGUGUGACUGGACAAGACGGGAACCUCCUCAGCAACUCCUCGCUCUCAGUGAUGCAGCAGAUGGUGAACUCGGACUCACGAUACGGCGGUCGUCCUCAUGGGGAUGCUCUCAGACCCAGAGUGCCGUCAGGAAUGGUUCCUCAAGGUCAGCUGACUCCUGUCAACCAAUCACAGCUCAGUACUCAGCUGGGCAUGAGUGGGAAUGCCGGAAAUAAUGGGAACAGCGGUGCUCACGGGUCACCUUCUCCUCCAGAGAGCAAGUCAGCCACACCCUCUCCUUCCAGCUCUGUCCAUGAGGACGAUGCGGAUGAAGCUCUGAAGAGUGGAGCAGAGAAGAGAGCAGCUACAGAUGUGGCAAAAAAACCCAAAACUCCCAAGAAGAAGAAGAAGAAAGACCCGAAUGAGCCUCAGAAACCUGUCUCAGCAUACGCCCUGUUCUUCAGAGACACGCAGGCUGCCAUUAAGGGCCAGAACCCCAACGCCACCUUUGGAGAAGUGUCCAAGAUCGUGGCCUCCAUGUGGGACGGGCUGGGGGAGGAGCAGAAACAGGUGUAUAAGAAGAAGACAGAGACUGCAAAGAAGGAGUAUCUGAAACAGCUGGCUGCUUACAGAGCCACGCUGGUCUCCCAGAGUUACAGCGAGCCGGGCGAGGUGAAGGUCUCCCAGACGUCUCAGAUGCUCGGUCCUAAGCCUUCAUCAUUUCAGUCACAUCCAGGGCUCUACAUGGCUCCUCCAUACCCCCAGCAGCCACAUCUGCCCCCCAUGCAGCCCGGACUGAACCGCGGCGGCACCUCUCGCCCUGGUGCUAACAUUAGCAUGGGCAACAUGGCGGCUACGACUCCACCUCCUCUGCAGAUCAGCCCUCCGCUACACCAGCACAUCAGCCUGCAGCAGCAGAUGGGCAGCCAUGCCAUGCCACUGCACUCACCGUCUAUGGCCCAGGGUUUUCCUCUCCAGGCUGAGUAUCAGAGUCUGAUCAGUGUGUCAUCUCCCUCAAUGGAUUAUCGCUCUGGCUGCAGGACUGGACCGUCUCAGGGGCUCGACUGGACCACUGACUACUGCACCAACAGUGCUCUGCAGAGGGACAAAGCUCUGUAUCUGACCUGAUUGAGACCCGCCUGAGAACUCCUUCAGGAACCAAGAGGAAGUUUACACUCCUCAUACAGACAGAUAUACACCUCCUGUCCACUCACAUACACACAUUACAUAUACACACACACACACACACACACAUUACACACACAGAUCAGUAUGUGUGUGCACGAGUGUUGCUCUUUCCUCAUCACUCGCUCUGUAACAGAACUGUCUUGUUCUGGGUUCUUUUGGGACUAAUAGGAUGUAAAAUUGUAGGAUCAAAGUCACUUUAAUUCCAGAGGCGGGGUUUAAAUAAAGACCCUGUUGGGUUUAGUCCUUAAUGAAGUGACAAGAGUUUAAACUGUGAGUCUGUCAGUCAUAAAGCACUUACUGCUCCGUCACGAAAAAGAAAAAAAUCAGAGAGGGACACACAAGCCAUGUGAUUAUUAUUAUUAUCAUUAUUAUUAUUAUUAUUCCCAUGAAAACGAUGAAAAGAUCUUUAUCUCUAAAUAAUCAAAUCAAAUAAAUUAAAUAAUGAAUUUUAAUCUGAGAGCUGUAGAUCAGCCGAACCGACGUUUCACACCACCUAGACUAGAAGUGUAUGGCUAUAGGGUUAGCUGCUUAGCUAAUGGAGAAAUGUUAUUAGAACGUUCUGGAAGGUUACACAAAUCAUAAAUGAAACUGAGCCAAUAAAAACGCAAGAAGAGCAGGCUCAGCAAGGCCAGAGUAUAAUCCAGAGACACGUCUGAUGAACACAAAGCAAGGGUUCGAGGCAUUUAAUCUGCAAUAACAAGGCUAGGAUGCUAAAACAGGAAAUGGCAGUGACUUCACAAUGAGAAUCCGUGAAGGCUUCAGUACUCAAAAAUUCCAUUCAGUUCAUUUCUAUAGUGCUUUUAACAAAUGGACAUUCUCUUAAAGCAGCUUUACUGAAGUAUAGAAACAUCAAAAAAAGGUGAACCAGGGAGAGGUUGAGUGGAGGAGAUCGUUCUAGAGCUCUGUGUCUUUGUUACAGCAACGUUUGUGUGAAGGUUGUAGGAACGUUUCUAAACGUUGCACAAAUAUAUUGUCACUUUAAGAACGGUUCUUGGUUCUGUUGAGUCAGAGUUGUUAGGAAAGAUGUGAUCUUUAGUCCAACCGAGCUUUAUUCACAAUAUGGAACAGUUGUGUGUAAUAAUCAUAAUCAUAAUAAUAAUAAUAAUAAUAAUAAUAAUAAUAAUAAUAAUAAUAAUAAUAAUGGCUUAUGUGAACAUACUUGGAGAGGAAAAAGAAACCAAAACUGCUAAACUGUUUUUUAUUAUUUUAAAAUAAUACAAUAAUGCAUAAGAGAAUAUGUGGAUGCCUCUUUCAUCUCUGUCUCUCUCUCUCUCUCUCUCUCUCUCUCUCUGUCUCUGUAAAGCUCUUUUAGUCCCCUGCCUUAGAACCCGAGCUCUGUUGUGCUUAUAGAGUGAUUUACUUCAUGGCUCAUGGCUGUGAACUGUGUAGUGGCUUCUUUUAGCCCUGAUCUUGAUUCAUGCUGUAAAUAGGAUCUGUGUGAUUAUUUACUCUGAGUUUACCAACUCCAUCUUUUAGUUCCAGAAAUUGUUUAUAAGCAAAAAAAAAACUUCAAAAGUCCAGAGACACUGAGCAUUGUUUAUUAUUUCAUCAUGACAGCUGUACAGUCUAACAUAUCCUGCUGGGGGCGCCAGAGAGUAAACAGGUUCUACAGUUGUUCCCUUUUGUGUUAACCCUUAAAGAACCCUGAAAAAGCGUUAAUCAUGUUAAUCAUGUUAAUCAUACAGAGGACCUUUGGAUGCCAAGGAACUGUUUUUUCUGUAAGGUCAUUUUCUUCAGAAAAUAUACAUACUAAAAUGACUAAACAGAAACUUUGUGGUUACAUCUAGAACCUUAAUGGUUUUUUGGUUUGUCCUUGUAGGGAAAGCUUAAUGGUUCUGCAAAGAGUGAUUCUUUUUAUAGAUCCACACUAGCCAAACAAAAGCUUUUUUUUUGUUUUGUUUUGUUUUUUAAGGAACCAUGCACCAUGGACCUGCUCCACUCGGUGCUAAAGAGAACAUCUAGCACUAGCGUUAAUGUUGCUCCAGUUCUCUCUUUUUGAGGAUUCUUCUUAAAAGCUUUAUGUAGAAAAAUCUAGAACUGUUAACAUAAAUGGACUCAACAAACUUUCACUAGAAACCUUGUGUAUUGUUUAAUCUACAAAGCUUUGUGGUUUCUUAGAUGGUCCAAGCUAAACUUCUAUCUUUCUAAUCCUGCUUUUGAAAGGAAAAAAAUUAGAACUGUUAGAACCACACCCAAGAAUGCUCGAGAGCCCUUUUCCCUCACAGCUAAACCACAUUUCUACUCAAAAGGUUAAACCUCGAAGCUUUAUUUAAUCCCUCUAGGGGAACUCUUACUGGUUCUAGGUAGAACCCUAGAAGCUUGUGUUCUCCUUUAGAACCCCUGUGUAAAGCCGAGAACUGUGAAUGAACCAAAGAACCUCUCUGCGGAAUCAUUUUUUCUUCUUUAUAACUGAACUGGAAAACGUUCUAUGUCGACUUUCUCACCUCCAGUGAUAUCGUUAUUGAGAGUGUUGCCAUAGUUAUGUAAAUAUAAAUAUAUAAACAAUCCACUCUUCACUAUUGUUUUUUGUGAUUGUUGUCACGGUUACGUGUACAGUGUUGAAACAAAGCUAGUGAAUUCAUUCGGCCGGUUGGUUGGAAAUUGAAUGCUGUUGCUAGGCAACUACUGAAAUAGGGAUGCUAAGCGUACAACCGGCUAACGACUGAGGCUAAUGAUUAGCAUGUAGGUGUCGAGUUGUGAAACUAGCAACAGCAGAAACGAGGCGGGGCCUUCCAGAUGUUUCGGGAUGUUACUGGUUAAAGAUGCAAAUUACACAAUAAUUACACAUAACUACAGUGAACUUCCUCCAGCCAAUCAGAUACAAGUAUUUUCUGCAGCUGUGGUUGAAUACAUGCUGCGUUACAAUUCUCUAAUUUUAAUAAAAAAUACAUUUUAAUUGGAUUUAUUUGUUAUUUAAAAUUUUUUUUACGUUAUUGGUUCUUUAAUUAAAAUUUAAUUUAAUUAAAAUUAAUAAAUUAAUUUCUUUAAGUUAAUUUUUUAUUAUUAUUUAAAAAAAAUAAAAAAUAAUAAUAAUAAUGCGCAGCUUCUCUGGACUUUUGUAACUUAAUAAAAGACAUUAUUUUAUUGCCAUAAUUUUUCUGGAUUUUUUUUUCUUUUCUUUUUCCUAUAACGACGUUGAUGCCAUCAGCUGGUAAAAAUCUUGCUAAAAUGAAAUGAAGUUUAUUUUUUAUCAGCUGAAAUUGUUUUGUAUGCUGCGGUUCUGCUGUAUGAAUGUGAAUGUUGUUGGCGCGGGUGUUAAUUGGAGGCAGAUCGGCGUUUAACCCCGGCAUAUGGCCGAUCGUCUCCUCCUCCUCCUCCUCUACACUGUGUCUCCAGCAGAACUUUCUCCGCCUCUCAUUUGCGCCUAUUUAUGAGGAAACAAUAAAGCUGUAGGUGUUUUUAAGUCAUUAUGUUAGAAUAAGGGUUUUUUGUUCAUUUGUUUUGACAGAAUUGAUCCACACAACAAUGUGAAUAAUUCUUUAUUUAGUUUUUAUUGUGUUUGAAGAAUAAAAGCAGAUCUGCAGAUUUUGUGCAGCAGUCCA